UUUUGCCGUAUUAUCAACGGGUAGUGAUCGCGAUCAAUAAUACCACUUCAUCGUCGUCGAUCACGUGCGAUCAGUUAUCGUUUUUCGAUCACUACCAUCAUCUUCGGUCAACUGUGGUCACGUUGCAGCUACGAAAUGUCGGAGAAUGAUAAGAAACGCAACAAGCCUGAUGAUACCAAUACAUCGCCGAUCCAAGACAUCUCCAAUCGCGACCUGGCUAAGCUGAUUGCGGAGCAGACCAAAACAACAAAACAACAGUUCAACCAACUAGGAGAAGAACUUCGCAAUGAGCUGAAACAAGGACUGAUGGGGAUCAACCAGGAGCUUAGGGAUGUCAGAUCUAGCUUGGAGCAGAUAAAACUGGAUGUUAUGGACAACACCGAGGCGAUUGCUCGCACUGAGCGAUCCAGCGACCUGAUCGUCAGCGGAGUGCCGUACACCCGUGAAGAAGACCUGUACAGCUAUUUUCGGCAUUGGUGUCUGGCCUUGGGAUACACUCAGCACUCAGUUCCUUCCGUGGAUAUUCGACGCCUCACCAGGGUACCUCUUGUCGUGCCCGUACACGACAGCCUUUAUUAA